AGCCGCAUCACGGCCAUGGACUACUUGGGCAACUGGUUGCCUGCCGUCGUGCAAAAGGUUGACCUUGCAGAGCAGCGCGUACUGGUCCAUUUUGUUCGCUGGAGUUCCAAGUAUGAUGAGUGGAUAGGCUUUAGUGAACAGCGCCUGAAG